AUGGUUCUCCAUGUUUUUGCUGCACGUCAUCCCAUUUUCGCCGAUGGCCUGGUUCUGGUCUGGGGUUCUAGGGGUUUGGUUCAACUACCUGGACUGAAGAAGGGGUUCGGUGCUGAUCUAGACAUGGAGUUCACUUCAGCUGGUUUGCAUCAAACGAUGAAGAUGACUUUUAAUCAGCCGUCUUCUGUGUUCUUAGACCCUGCAUGUCCACUCUCUCCCUUUCGGGGCGGAUUUAAUCUUGAAAUUCCAGAGCUGGUGGAUGGUUUCCCACCCGCCACCAUUCCUUCCACCAUCCUGAACCCUUUAGCUCAAGUUACACAAGAAGGGGAGAAGAAGACGAUGAUGGAAGAAGACGAGACGAGGCUGGAGCUUGGAGGAAACAUUUGUAUACACAGAGGUACAACAAUUGGAGAAAGCGCAGCGCGAUACGAAAAGCAAGCCACCUUGGCCCAUUUGGUCACCGACUUGAUCGCUGCGGAUGUCUCGGUCGUCCGCGUCGAGAUAACCCGCCCCAUUUUCGCUUCUUUUCUUAUCUCUGUACUCUGUACUGGCCGGCUGGUAUCUAGGUGCUUGCGCAACAGACAACCUACUGUGUACGCAGGCAUGGCACGUGUGACGAAACGUUCCCUCACCCUUUUGAUUCAUGGUUCUGGAGAGGAUGGAUACAUGUGA